GACACGAAUAAUGAUAGAGAUUUUUAAGAAAGUAUGAUAUGAAGAUCUUAUGGCUAACGUACGCAGUUAACGUCCAGAAUGAGAGCUAAGAGUCUCUUCUCGAGUAUUUGAUUUGAUCUGUCAAAAUUGUGCGGCAAAUUCCGCUCCAAAUCUCGGGUCAUCUGCAUGACACGAUUGCUUUUUUUUUUUGCUCGCUGGAGGAAUCAUUUUGGCCGACAGCCGCCACGUAAAUCCCCAAGUGUCGCUAGCGGGGAAACCACCACCCCGACGCCACGCUUAACUCACUACACAGCGCUUCAGCCUCCCUGCUUCGCAGGGGUUUCGAACCUUAGCCUCCUCGGUGGAGGACAAAUGAUCUACCAUCCACGCUGUAACGGCCGGUGGUCAUGACACGAUUGCUUUUGUUAAUAAGAAUGUCACUGAAAUUGGAAUUCAGGGCAGCUAUUGGAGUGGCUGAGAAUGUGUCUGCGAACCAACAUGUUUGCCCUUUAAAAUGAAUAUAAGCGUUUCACGCGAAGUGCGUGGCGAAAUUUUCAACUAUGUAUUGCUGUUCACCAGCCGAAAUUUUCUAGUACUUCUAGACAACUCCGGUUGAAGUCAAGAGUGCACAAGAGGGAAAAUGAAAUGGUAAGAGGCAAAGUCAAAUUAAACCUGCGCUUCAAGAAAAGUGUAGGUGGCCGACCUCACUUAAAAUAGAGAAGACUCGAUUCCUAAAAGAACGAAGUUGAAGAAGCCCUGUGACCUAUUCUGAAAACUGAAUAUUUGAAUACAAAAAAAUAAAACCUGAGAGAUGAUCUGUUUUGUUGUGUAUAGGCUGGUGCACUAAUGGAGGAGUAUCGCCGAGUCAGCCACGAGAACAGGAAGUUGACCGAAAUGCUGACCCUUAUGCACGAUAGCUACAAUACCCUGCAGAACCAAUUGAUCGUCUUGGAGAAUAAAACCUCCGACGGUGAACUCGGAGCAUCAAGAAAGAGGAAGCAUGAAGCUAAUAUCGCUGCAGAAAGUUGCAGUUACGAGGAAGAUCGGAUCUGCAAGAAGCCAAAGGACAUCUUCAAACCCAUGAUCACUAAACUCCACUUCCAAACUGAUGUGUCCGACAUGAGCCUUGUAGUGAAGGAUGGUUAUCAAUGGAGGAAAUAUGGUCAAAAGGUCACAAGAGACAACCCAUCUCCGAGGGCUUACUACAGAUGUUCCUUUGCCCCAACUUGCCCUGUUAAAAAGAAGGUACAAAGAAGUGUUCAUGACCCAUCUGUCCUUGUGGCAACAUAUGAAGGAGAACACAACCACCUGAGCCCAUCUCAGCCUGCGAUUCCACUAGGUUCUGACAAACAGGGACUGAAUCAGGGCACCCGUCCAAUUCCAUCGCCCUCGAAGUCAAGAUCUUCUAGUCCUAGGAGUACUCCUGAUUUGAUUCGCUUGGGUUGUGACACUCUAUCUGCAAAAACGGGCCAAGAAGAAGAAGUGACCGCGGCAUUUCAACAGUUUCUGGUGCAGCAGAUGGCCUCUUCCUUGAAAACAGAUCCCAAUUUUACAGCAGCACUUGCCGCCGCGAUAUCGGGAAAAUUAGUUGACCAAGCCCGGAUCGGGAAGUGGUGAAUAGACAGGGCAUUGAUUUGUCCGAGUUGUGUAUUGAGGAUGAUUUACAUAUAGUUCGAGGAUUAAAUUUGACAGUGGGAUCGUGGUGAUAGUUGGGUUUUUUACUAAAGACGCGAACAUCUCAUCUUUUAAGUAUUGGCAAAAGAAGCAAGUUAAUCUGCGUAUGAGCUUAGUUUGAGUUCGGCAUACAAGCUACUUGUACUCGACUAGAUCGUUUAGAGGUUUAGUCGAAUUUGAGUAGCUUCCAUGUUAACUUGUCUGGUGAUUUGACGACGGAGCGUUCACCUUCUUAUACUACAUCUAUUUGAGGGGAUUUUUACUUCUUAA